AUGUGCUGUAAUGGUCAUCGAAAAAAAAAAAAUACUGAUAUUCCAGAUUCAUGGAUACCGAUCACACUUAAGGGUAACUUAAGGGUCACUCAUUUUAAACCUGGAAAAGAAGCAAAGAAAGAUAUAAAAGAAAAAGCCGAUGAAAACAUAAUUAACAAAAAAAUAAAAAAAAGCCUUUUGACAAGCGAUUUCGAGGUCUCUACAAAUUCUUCCUUCUUUUGUGAGAAUGAUAAUGUGUACGGACGCCCUGGCUCUUCUUAUCGCAUCAUCAGAAAAUCUUCCAAAGUCUGA